UGCCCAACACCGGCAGAGUGACGCGGUCGUCGCCGCGCGGGACAUCCCUGCGUUUCGGCUGCGGCUGCGCCAGGCGGCGCGGCCGGCGGUCACAGCACAUACGCCGAGCCUUCAGUAGCGUCGCAGCCGCGAUGGCAGUGCAGCUGUGGUGCUUGCUGUUCGGCGUGCUCGUCGCUCUUCCAGAGCGACUGAACGGUUCGCACCGCGACGACGUCGUGGUCGAAACGGAUCUGGGCAGGCUGCGUGGCUCCAUCAUCAAGUCGCGCAGCGGCCGGGACAUUUACUCUUUCAGAGGCGUGCGUUUCGCCAAGCCUCCCGUGGGCGAUUUGCGUUUCAAGGCUCCUCAACCAUUAGAACCAUGGGAGGGCAUAGUUAAUGCAACAGAAGAUGGAUAUGCUUGUCUGCAGCCAGUUCCUAACUCAAUCAUCAGGCCCUCAUCUGAAGAUUGUUUAUUCUUAAAUGUCUACACAACACAGCUGCCUCAAAAAGGGCACAAACAUCCAAACAGGCCUGUUCUGUUCUUUAUUCAUCCUGGUGGAUGGUACCAGUUUACUGCCAUUAGCAGUUUCCUUGGACCACAAUACUUUAUGGAUCAGGAUAUUGUGCUAGUUACAGCAAAUUAUAGACUUGGUGCUUUAGGUCUUAUAAGCACUGGUGAUGGUAUUUUGGAGGGAAAUUAUGCAAUGAAGGAUCAAGUAGCAGUAUUGCGCUGGAUAAAUAAAAAUAUUCAUUCAUUCGGUGGAAAUCCUUCAAGUGUAACAAUUGGAGGCUACAGUGUUGGAGGAGCUAGCGUAUUUCUGCAUAUGUUAUCACCCAUGACAAAAGGUUUGUUCCAUAGAGCAAUUUCAAUGAGUGCAUCUAUUGAUACCAGGUGGGAUAUCGACCAUGAUCCAAUAGCAAUAGCAAGGAAACAUGCCAGUUUACUUGGAUGUCCUACUGCAACAUCCCAACUGAUUGCAGAAUGUCUCCGUGCAAAACCAGCUAGAGACAUUGCUGAAUCAAUUGGACUAUUAAGGGAAUGGGCUCGUGAUCCAAUUCUCAAAUAUUACCCAGUUAUUGAGUCUGAUCUACAUGAUGGGAGAGAGAGAUAUCUUACUGAAGAGCCUUAUUUACAGCUGUUGCACAGAAAUUUUACUCAGGUACCAUGGCUAACAGGUUUCACUAAAGAUGAAUUUUCUUGGAGAGCAUUGUCUGUAACAAUGAAUGCAACUCUAGCCAAUGACAUGUAUGAAAAUUUUGAAUUUGUUGCUCCAAUUGCCUUCAUGUAUGAACGAGGAACAAAUCAGUCACAUCACAUUAGCCAAGAGCUCAAAAAAUUUUAUCUUAAAAAUCAACCAAUUACCAACACUUCAUUAGAUGGGCUUGGAAAGCUUUAUGCAGAUGCCAUUAUUUGCUUUGGUGAAGAUCGGGCCGCUAAAAUAAUAGCAAAAAUUAGUAGGUACCCAGUCUACUUCUAUAAAUUUUCAUAUCAGGGCAGGUACAGCUUCUUUUAUAUUCCAGGAACAACUACACCAUAUGGUGUGGCACAUCAUGAUGAUCUCAUGUACCUGUUUUAUAUCUCUUCUCUUGGAUUUCCAUUUUUCCAAGAUGGUGAACCAGAAACACAUGUCUCAGAAACACUUAUUGCUAUGUGGGCAAAUUUUGUGAAAACUGGAAAUCCUACACCAUCCAGUUCUUCAGUCACAAGUAACAUUACCUGGGAACCUAUGAAACCAGAAAAACUAACAUAUCUGGAUAUUGACUCCCAAUUGGUAUUGAAGGAAAAUCUAUAUCAAGAGCGAAUGGAAGUCUGGAGCAGAUUGUUUCCAUAUCAGUAGUAAUGAUAAGCAGCAGCAGCAAGAAAUGUGAUUCAGUAGAUGGUAAAAAGCAAAUAAUAUUCUUGUUCAAUAAUUUUCAUUUAAUUUUGAAUGAUCAUAAAUUUUAUUUUAAAUAAACAAACGUUUUCAUUGACAA